AUGCGUGUCUACCUUGUUGGCGAAGCGGGCUGGGCGCAUUUGGUUCGCAACCAGCUGUUCGUCCGGAUCCACUACGGUAAACUGUCGCCAGGGGCACAAACACUUCUUGGGCCGCUUGUUCUGCCGGAGGCCCAUCCCGGCGGUACCCUGGUGGAUGCCUCCUCCUUCACUCCGCAGGAGAAGACGACGGUGGGAAAGGCACUCGAGCGGAUGGGAUUACCAUGGCCAAAGAAGCAGAGGACCGAACCGCUCUUCCAGUUCGUGUUUUUGAACAUACUGGAGCAUUUCUUUGGGGACGAUAUUGGCGUGACGGAGGAAAACAAGGUGCCGUACGCGUGCAUGCCAGGGCACAGGCUGUGCAUCCCCGACAUCGCCGUCAAUUGCCGCGGUGCUGCCCUGGACAGCGGCAUAACCUUGGACGGCGAGGAGAAAUACGUCCCUGCUACUGCGAUCAGGGAGUGUAAGGGGGAUAUCGACCCUGCGGACGCCGAGCCUCAGUUGGCCAUGUACCUGGGAGGUCAUGCAGUAGUGCUGAUGACUGCCGGUGUGCCCGCCAAUCAGGUCCGUGUUGUUGGGUUUGCUUUGGCCAGUUGGCAAGUCGUUUUCGCAGCUGUGACGCUGCGGCCAAACCCCAACAAUCCCGCCGCCACACAACUCGUUUACACCCGAGUAUUGGACUUCGGCAGAUUAGAUCUCGAAAGUCCGUGGCAAGCGAACGCCGUUGCGCGUCUGCUGGUGGGCCUGGCUCGUUCGGGAAAAGAGCUAGACGAUAAACUCAAGAAGCAUGGUGCAUUCUUGUUCCGUGCCGCGACAAAUCAUUUCGACAACGAUGAUGAUGGACCGGACGACGGCGAGCACACCUCACCGUUGGCAGAGCCACGGCGUCACCACAUUGGCAGUGACGCGACUCUGGACGCGACUAUCUCUUCGUCGCCCUCUCAGGAGCAGCGGUCGAAGCAUGCCGAGGUGUUGGAGUGGGUGGGCAACGUUGGAGUGGCGCUACCCGUGCCAAGGUCUCGUAUCAUACUCGCCCGCAGUCGCACCGAUGGCGCUCCGGCGGCACUCUCUGGAGAGAGUGCCGGACAGUCCAACGCACACGACAGUCCAAUGCACUUUUCCAGAAGUCGCCGGCCUGCCCGCACACCUGAAGAAGUACGGAAAUUGAUGGCAGGUCGUUGA